UGAAGGUAAACAUAUUUUAGACCAUGCUCUAUCUCCCAAGCAAAACCCUCAAAAAAACAAAAGACGAACUCCCCGCUUAUCCUCCACCUGUCCCUCAUACUCUCGCUCCCCCAAUAACCCAAAAAUGUCCCCUCGAUUCCACCUGCCCUCCGCCGUCGCCGGCGCUGCCUCCGCCUCCGCCGCCCUCAUCCUCCUCUUCGGCCGCCCAAAAGACCCAACUUUCCACCUAAUCUCCAUCACCCUCUCCUCCUUCUCCCUCAACCUCCCCCUCCUCGACCUCGACCUAAUACGCCCUAAACCCUCACCGCGGCGCUCAGCCCCCCGCUCCUGCCAGCCUCAUCAGGCUCCGCGGCGAGGCUCGACGGGAAUCCAGAUGGCCCACCACGCGGGGUCCAUACUAGCUGACGUGGCGAGGAGGGAGAUGAGGCUGGACGCCGAGGUGGAGAUCGCGGGGACGGCUAGGGUUUUGUUUAUGAGGAGGAGGUUUUGCGCGAAGGUGGAGAGUCACGUGGUCGUGGAUCCGGUGUUUCUUGAUGUUGUGGAGCAGGAGAAUACUACUGAGACUCAUCUGCUUGCUUGAGAUUUUGAGGGUCCUUGGAUCCUGGGUUGUGUUGUAGGUUGUAAUGGGAGCUCGCUCGUUGUUCUUUUGGUUAUUUACACAUCCAAAUCUUCAUAUUUAAUUCCGAUUCUUUUGGUGA